UAACGCGAGCAGCUCCGUCAAUAAGAUUGAUUGAAUUCGCGGUGUGAACUCGCUCACGCGCAAUAUAAACCGUCCUGGAAAAGAGGGAAAGUCAAUAAAUAUCAGAAGCAAUCGCUCUCUUAGCAGCACUAAAGCGAAUAGCGAUACGCUCGGAGAGGGUUGGCAAACUUUCCUCGACCAAGAUGGCAGAUCCGUCAUGCCGACAGUCACCGAGUAGCGCCGCCCCUUUGUUUUGGUUCCUUCCUGGCGGAGCCGGAAGUCGCUCGAACGGGGUGGAUACCAUGGAGCAAGCGAAGAUGGCGUCUCCUAAAAGCGGGCCGAAGGAUGCCCAGGUUAUGGCUCAGAUCCUGAAGGACAUGGGAAUUACUGAAUACGAACCUAGAGUGAUUAACCAAAUGCUGGAAUUCACAUACCGAUAUGUGACGACAAUACUUGAAGAUGCAAAAAUAUACUCAAGUCAUGCGAAGAAAAACAACAUAGAUGCAGAUGAUGUCAGACUCGCGAUUCAGUGCCGGACGGACCAGUCUUUCACGUCUCCUCCCCCCAGAGAUUUUCUCCUAGAUAUUGCGAGACAAAAGAACCAGACACCUUUGCCUUUAAUCAAACCGUACGCUGGGCCCAGGUUGCCACCAGACAGAUACUGCUUGACUGCUCCCAACUAUCGGCUUAAAGCUUUACAGAAGAAGAUUUCGUCUUCAGCUGGACGAAUUACUGUGCCGAGGCUAAGUGUAGGUGCAGUGACUAGCAGGCCCAGCACUCCCACACUAGGGACCCCAUCUGCACAGACAGUAUCUGUUUCCAAAGUAGGGACACCGGUAUCUCUGACAGGACAACGUUUCACGGUUCAGAUCCCAACCUCACAGACCGUGAAAACAGCCCCUACAUCUACUCCCACAGUUCAGAAUGUCCUCAUCAAUCCUUCGUUAAUCGGUUCAAAAAACAUUCUCAUUACAACCAACAUGGUGUCCUCGCAGAAUACAACAACCGAGUCCAACUCCAUGAAGCGAAAACAUGAAGAUGACGAAGACUAUGACGCCAUGUGAAGAAGGCUUCUUUUGCAGAUUUGGACAGUUUCUUUAUGGACCAUGUUUAAAGUUGCCUCAGGGCUUGUAUGUUUGUCCCUGACUGCCCCACUAAUCAAUAAUGCAUAUUAAAGUACUUUAAUAUGCUUUCUUCAAAAAUAGAAAAACGUUAGAAGCUUCAGCUGCCGCCCUCUGUGGUCUGAUGAUUCUUGCCACCAAUUACCAGCGCUUAGUCCUGGAGCUGACUGGCAGCAGUUAUUGCAUGUCUGGAGAUGUGGUCAGGUUAAUACAUCUCAUACACAAAAUAUAGCUUAAUGGGUUCUGCAGGGACCAAAUAGUGAUCACAUGAUGGCCGAAUUGUCCCUUCAACUGAAUUUACUUUUGUUUGUGUAAAAUUUGUAUUGUUUUUUUUUUCUCUCUUUUCAAAUCCCCCAUCGUGGGGAAUUCUAAAAUAAUUAAGGAUCCGUGCAACUCAGUUUUUUUUUGUAUAUACUUUAAUAUUGCUGCUUGGUUUAUGGAAAUGAAAUAGAAUUUAUACAGAAAUUAUGUUCUUAUUUUGAACUUUUUGCAUGGUUGUAUUUUGAAAUCCCAGUGGCAGGCAUCCUUAGUGUUUCACUACAUUACAGUACAAAUUUGUUAAAUGCUUUUGAUCUCCACUGAACAAAACUUUAAAUAGCUGGCAAAUGUAAUGGGACAUGCAGUGGAUUGACAAAAGUAAGCAGCAGUAGGUCAGUCGCCAUACUUUCUCAACACAAUUUGUGGCGUUGGGAGGGUGCUGCAGAUUUUGUACUCUACCAACGCCUUUCUCCUAGUGGCAGGUUUAGGGAUUGCAGACCUUGCGUUUCCUUAAACAUCAAAGGGCUCAGCUGGGAUUUUCCAUAUAACAAUACUAAAUACAGCAGUUCUCUGAAGGACACCACUUUUUUAAGCCUCAGAAAUGUGAGAAGAAAUAAAACCAGGCAAAUACACAA